GAAUCGGACUGUAUCAAAGGAACUGAGCGACUUGGGGUAUCGGGCGUCUGCCAAGAAGGCUCAAUUGUGUCAGACUGAGGUUGUCUAUUUAGGGUAUGUCAUUAGGGAUGGGAAAUGGUGGCUCACUGAAGCCAGGAAGCAAACAGUGACUCAGAUCCCGACACCAACCACUCCAUGGCAAGUAAGAGAGUUUCUGAGCACUGCUGGGUUUUGCAGACUUUGGAUCCCAGGGUUUGCCACCCUGGCUGCCCCCCUGAAUCCCUGACUAAAGAAAAGGCACCAUUUGUCUGGACUGAGGAACAACAACAGGCCUUUGACAACAUUAAAAAGGCCCUACUGACUGCCCCAGCCUUAACCCUCCCUGAUUUAACCAAACUAUUUGUCCUGUUUGUGGAUGAGAGAGCUAAGGUGGCUCGUGGAGUGCUGACGCAGGCUUUGGGACAUUGGAAAAGGCCGGUGGCCUACCUGUCGAAGAAACUAGAUCCAGUGGCCAGCGGCUGGCCCUCUUGCCUAAAAGCUAUAGCAGCUGUGGCCCUGCUAGUUAAGGACGCUGACAAACUAAUCUUGGGACAAACCAUGACUGUGGUAGCACCUCAUGCCCUAGAAAGCAUCAUCAGACAACCACCAGAUCGAUGGAUGACCAACGCCCGAAUGACCCACUACCAGAGCCUGUUACUGACUGAGAGAAUUACUUUUGCCCCUCCAGCCAUCCUAAAUCCGGCCACCCUGUUGCUAGAGACUGAGGACACAAAACUGGUACAUGUUUGCUCUGACAUCCUGGCUGAAGAGACCGGGAUACGACAGGAUCUGACGGAUCAACCCCAGCCGGGAAGACCCACUUGGUUCACCGAUGGCAGCAUCUUCGUGGUCGAAGGUAAACGGAUGGCUGGGGCAGCAGUAGUGGACGGGAAAAAGACCAUUUGGGCCAGCAAAUUACCAGAAGGAACGUCAGCACAGAAGGCAGAGCUGAUAGCCCUGAUCCAAGCCCUGCGGCUGGCAGAAGGAAGGUUAUGAA